UAAAGUGCAAAAGCGAAAACGGAAGAGCUCCUAAAGUGACAAAGCUUACGGGGCUGAGCGGAAGUCCUAGUUCACUCGCCAAGCGGAGAGGAUCCUGGGGCCCGGAAGGAGGUGGAAUCUGUAGCCGACCUGUUUGCCUGUACACUCGCCUGGGAGGAGAGCGCGUGGCUGUUCAAAGAGGCGUGUUACUGGAGCGCGUGGCUCGUGCGCUGAGGUCAGAGGUGGCCAAAAGCCCGACGUCGGUGUAGAACUUGAGACCGUGAGUUAUGGUGGGGAGAUCCCGGCGGCGCGGAGCGGCCAAGUGGGCAGCUAUGCGAGCCAAGGCAGGUCCCGGCCCAGCGGACGAAAAUGAAGACGAUUUAGAAUUGCCACCGUCGCCAGGGGACUCCAGCUACUAUCAAGAUAAGGUAGAUGAUUUCCAUGAGGCCCGAUCUCGGGCUGUCUUGUCUAAAGGCUGGAGCGAAAUGGAGAGUGGGGACGAGGAGGAGGAUGGCGAUGAGGAGGAGGAGGUUCUAGCCCUAGAUAUUGGUGAUGAGGACGAUGAAGAUGGAGAGAGUGCGGAGGAGGAGGAAGAUGAUGAUGAUGAUGAUGGUGGGAGCUCCGUGCAGAGUGAGGCCGAGGCAUCUGUGGAUCCCAGUUUGUCGUGGGGUCAGAGGAAAAAACUUUACUAUGACACAGACUACGGUUCCAAGCCCCGAAACCGACAAAGUCAACAAGAAGUAGAGGAGGAGGAAAGAGAGGAGGAAGAAGAAGCACAGCUCAUACAGCGGCGCCUUGCCCAAGGCCUGCAAGAGGAUGAUUUUGGGGUGACCUGGGUAGAGGCCUUUGCAAAACCUGUACGUCAAGUAGAUGAGGCUGAGACCCGGGUCGUGAAGGAUCUGGCGAAAGUUUCAGUGAAAGAGAAGCUGAAGAUGCUGCGGAAAGAAUCACCAGAGCUCUUGGAACUGAUAGAAGACCUGAAAGUUAAGUUGACAGAGGUGAAGGAUGAGCUGGAGCCAUUGCUACAGUUGGUGGAGCAAGGGAUCAUUCCAUCUGGAAAAGGAAGCCAAUACCUGAGGACCAAGUACAAUCUCUAUUUGAACUACUGCUCCAACAUCAGUUUUUAUUUGAUCCUGAAAGCCAGGAGAGUCCCUGCACAUGGACAUCCUGUCAUAGAAAGGCUUGUUACCUACCGAAAUUUGAUCAACAAGUUGUCGGUUGUAGAUCAGAAGCUGUCUUCUGAAAUUCGUCAUCUACUCACACUUAAGGAUGAUGCUGGAAAGAAAGAACUGAGUUUAAAAGUAAAAUCCACCAAGGCCAAGCCAAAAUCUGUUUCAGAGACUGCUGCUGCUGCUGCCUCUGCUGUUACAGAUAUUUCUGAUGAUUCUGAUUUUGAUGAAGAAGCUGCACUGAAAUACUAUAGAGAAAUAGAAGACAAGCAAAAGUUGAAGAGAAAGAAAGAAGAAAAUAGCACUGAAGAACAGGCUCUUGAAGAUCAAAAUGCAAAGAGAGCCAUUACUUAUCAGAUUGCUAAAAAUAGGGGACUUACACCUAGGAGAAAGAAGAUUGAUCGGAAUCCUAGAGUCAAACACCGGGAGAAGUUCAGAAGAGCCAGAAUUCGCAGAAGAGGCCAAGUUCGUGAAGUUCGUAGAGAAGAGCAACGUUAUAGUGGUGAACUCUCUGGCAUUCGUGCAGGAGUUAAAAAGAGCAUUAAGCUUAAAUAAAGUUUUCACUUAGCUUAAGUUUUUUGGCAAUAACUUUAGAUCAAUAAAUUUUUAUUUUUAACCGAA